ACCCUAAACGCAAAUCUCCCACCUUUGCGCCGCCAAUCCAGUCUCUCGCCUCUCCUCCUAGAAACCACCAUGGCGCCCAAGGCCGAGAAGAAGCCCAAGGUGGAGAAGCGCGUGCCCGGGAAGGAGGGCGAGACUAGCAAGAAGAAGGCCAAGAAGAGCAACGAGACAUACAAGAUCUACAUCUUCAAGGUGCUCAAGCAGAUUGACCCGGACAUGGGUAUCUCCUCCAAAUCAAUGUCCAUCAUCAACUCCAUCAUCAACGACAUCUUCGAGAAGCUCGCCGGAGAGUCGGCAAAGCUCGCACGCUACAACAAGAAGCCCACCAUCACCUCCCGGGAGAUCCAGACUGCCGUGCGCCUUGUCUUUCCAGGCGAGCUUGCCAAGCACGCCGUCUCCGAGGGAACCAAGGCCGUUACCAGAUUCACCGUGUAUUAGAUCGCCACCAAGACUUUCUUAGUCUGGUUUGGUUUCUUCAUUUGUCAACAAAAAUAUGGAGUUAUGUUUCCCUAUGCAAAAAUGUAGAAUGAGUUGGAUUUGCUAAUCAAUGAAUUAUCCAGUGUUUGUUUGAAA